CCUACAUAAGUACCACUUCCAAUCCCAGCAGCAAUCAUCCAGACUACCGUCUAGACCAAAACACGACCUAGGGAAACCCCAAAAUCUGCUCGAUGCCGCGAUCUACCCUUGACGUCACUAAAGCAAUAGAUGCGUUCGCAUAAAACAUUCCGUUAGCUCACCUGCGCGACAGUAUUUGCCUUCUGCCUGUUGCGUAAUAUUCGGAAAAAAAGGACAAUUUGGACUCAUCGCCGAAGAGAGAAAUUGUAGACAAUUUCGAAGGUGACCGUUGUUGGGUAGGAGUCGAAGAAGAAAACCUUCGAACAUACCAAUUGUUUUGUUACGAUAUAGCCGGUCAAUUGGUGCAAUACGCGUAAGUACCCACUGGCAGUACUGCAAUCGCAACAUCGUGUUUUAUUUGAAUCUGCCGCGAAAGUUUGGCAUGUUGAUAUCGUGGUUGUUCACUGAGUGAUUUAUCUUGGAAUAUAUAUAUGUGAUAGCGGAGGAUAAGAUGACGCUGAUACAUCCCAUUUGGCUCAGUCUUGUGGUGGCAACAUGGGCGUCAAUGGCUCAUCAGCAAUCAGUGCUGGAAGGUGUGAUCAAGCUGGUAAUGGAGGGUGAGAAUCAAGCAAAUACGGAGCCGGAUGACACACAAAAACUUUACGAUGAAUACGAUUUUGUGGUUGUCGGAGCUGGUACAGCUGGAUGUGUGAUAGCCAAUAGAUUAUCAGAAAAUCCGGAUUGGAAUAUCCUUCUCAUAGAAGCAGGCCGUCCAGAGAACUACGUUAUGGACCUCCCAAUUCUAGCCAAUUAUCUACAAUUCACGGAAUCCAAUUGGAAAUACAAAACGGAACCCAGCGACAAAUAUUGCAUGGGACUGGACAACAAACAGUGCAAUUGGCCUAGAGGUAAAGUGAUCGGAGGGUCGAGCGUCUUGAACUAUAUGAUUUACACCAGAGGCAACCGCAAAGACUACGAUCACUGGUCUGACCUUGGCAACACUGGAUGGUCGUUCGAAGAUAUCCUACCCUACUUCAAAAAGAUCGAGAACUUCACCAUCGACGAGUACAAGAAUUCACCCUAUCAUAGCGAUAAUGGUUACCUAGCAGUAAGCUAUCCCCCAUACCGAAGCAAGAUAGCCGACGCCAUAAUAGAAGCAUCUCAAGAAGCAGGUUUUCCCUACGUCGACUACAACGGGCCAAAACAAAUUGGAGUUUCCCAGCUUCAAGUCAGUAUGAGAGAUGGCGUGAGAGAAAGUUCAAGCAGGGCCUAUUUACACCCCAUUAGAAACCGUCCAAAUCUUCAUGUCAAAAAAUACUCCAUGGUCAGCAAAAUCCUCAUCGACCCUAGCACCAAACAAACCUAUGGCGUGGAAUUUGAAAGGUUGGGUAAAAGGUACAUCAUCCGAGCCAAGAAAGAAGUCAUAGUAUCAGCAGGUGCUAUAAACUCACCGCAGCUCCUCAUGUUAAGCGGCAUAGGCCCUAAGAAACAUUUAUCAGAGCUUGGAAUACCGGUAUUGAAGAACUCCAGGGUUGGUUUCAAUCUCAUGGACCAUAUCGCUCUUGGCGGACUGACAUUCUUGAUCGACAAGCCAUACUCCCUUACUUUGGACAGAAUGAUUACCGUGGAGAACCUCAGAAUGUAUUUCAACUACCACAAAGGCCCUAUGUCUAUACCAGGAGGGUGUGAAGUUUUACUGUUCACCGAUUUCGAACGUCCUGGUGAUCUGGAUGGAUAUCCAGACAUGGAACUGUUAUUCCAAGGUGGUUCUUUAGUGUCAGAUCCUCUUUUAUAUAAAGACUUCGGUAUAACUGAAGAAAUUUUCGAUGAAGUUUACAAGCCGAUAAAAAACCUCGAUUCCUUUAUGGUUUUUCCUAUGCUACUGAGACCGAAGAGUGCAGGAAGAAUUAUGUUGAAAUCUAGGAGUCAUAAAACGAAGCCUAUGAUCUUUCCCAAUUAUUUCGCUGACAAACAGGAUGUAGACACCAUAAUAAAAGGUUUGAGAUUGUCUAUCAACAUUACCAAACAACCUGCAUUACAGAAAUUAGGAGCCAGACUCCAUACAAUUCCUAUGCCUGGCUGUAAACAAUACUCGUUCGGGACCGAUGAGUAUUUCGAAUGUAUGGCUAGACAUUUGACAUUUACAAUUUACCAUCAAAGUGGUACUUGCAAAAUGGGACCACCGUCAGAUAAAAAAGCUGUAGUAGAUCCCAGACUGAGGGUGUAUGGUAUUGGAGGUCUGAGGGUUAUAGAUGCGUCGAUUAUGCCGAAGAUACCAGCAGCUCAUACCAAUUCUCCAACUUUCAUGAUUGCAGAAAAGGGUGCCGACAUGAUAAAAGAAGAUUGGGGAUUUAAACUGUAGAUUAAAAAAAAAAUUCUGUGAUAAGACUUGAAAAGCGCUGAUAAAUAUUAGAAUAAUUGCCACAUUUUCGUCAUAAUUAGGGUGAAAUCGAAUUAUGUUUAUAAGCAGCAUUAAUAUUAAUAUUUAUUGGUGUAGAAAACGUUUAUAGUGCACCUGAAGAAAGUUGUGAUAGUAGACUAAAUUAGAGAUUAAAUGGUAUUCAUUUACGGAUUUUACAUAUAUAUUUUUAGUAUUCUCCGUGUAGAAAUAAUUGACAUUUGGGUUUUCUAAUAUGUAGGGCAGAAAAGAACAUUCUAAUUAGAAUCUAACAUAUUCUUGAAAAAGACACAUCGAAUUACAUGUGUCUUUUUACCUUCAAUAGUGGUUAGGUUAGGUAGUGGGUACUCACAACAUUGAAAUAAACUCGUUAUCAAAAUGUCAAUUGUUUCCAGACGGAACAUUUGUAUAUGUGUCGCUUUCAUUAAAAUCAAUGUAUACUUGAACUAUAUCGAAUGAAAGUAUUAGCUUCAUGACUUUUUAGAAUGAAGAAAUAUGUGCUCGAUGAAUAAUUGCGAAAGAAUAAUGUUAAGGAGAUAAUUUUUUAUAUAGUAGUUUUUAUAGCAUCUUGAAACGAUUCGAACAAAACUGUUCAAGUCUUCAAAUAAUAAGCAGCUUAAACGUUAUCUGUUAAUUUAAGAGAUCGUUGAAAAAAUAAACUCCCUGAGCAGCCUCUGCAUUCCAAUGUGACAGUGAACCUUGAAAGAUAUAUUAGAUUCUAGCAUAUAAUUUCUUUAAUUGAUUCCCAAAAUAUCAGUCAUGAAUGAAUUAUGAAUUGUAUAAAAAUGAACUUGAACAUAAAUAAAUAAAUGUUAAAGUUCGUGAUGUAAAGGGCGAUAAGAAACAAUGUAAAA